UCCCAUUGUCUGUGGAUUUCCCGCCCCGCACACACACUUGCACGAGUGUUUGGGCUCCGGCAGCACAUUGGAUGCAUUAUAAUUUAAACUUAAAUUAGAAAACAAAAGAAUCUAUGAGACAGAAUCGACUUCAAAGCCUUUGAAAGUGCCUAAUCGACCUACGUUGUGUUGAUAUCUGUGAGUGAAACAUAUGAUUAUUCAUUUUUGAAUAAAGCGUUGCAAGCACAUCAUAGAAGAGGUGCUGAUGGUGAAAAUCUAGAAAUGAAAGAACACUAAAACAUGUUUCUUGGCAAAGAAACCAUCAUCCUCAGGGAAAUCAGCUGAUAACACAAACUGAAAGCAGCAAGAUGGUGCCAUUGUGAAAGGCUUCCUGAUGUACAAGUACAAGCAGCUGAAAAGUAUCACUGAUAGCCAGUCUCAUCAACAUGUGUCAUCUAAUGGAUGUUUAAAGAUUCUGGUUAUUUUCCUGAUAGCUGGCUCUUUUCUCGGGCUGUGUCAAAAAAACAUUGGGAAUACUGCAUUAGAUAUGAGAGCGUUUAUACGUUGAAAUCCUCUGGAGCAAGAGUUCAAAUGAUUUGGCCCGAAGCUGACUCGCCGAGCGUCGGACUCGGCAACAGUUCUAGUAAUGAUAGCUGGGGGGAGAGCGUGGCCGUGGGCGAGCGGGCGUUCCUGGGAUUUGUAGGCGUGGUGAUGGCACUGGUGGGCGGCAUUGGAAAUGGAAUCGUAGUGGUUCUCGUUUGCAGAUCAGCUGCCAUGAGAUCUGCCAUCAACCUCCUGCUGGCCGCCAUGGCGCUGUCUGACACCGUCAUCCUUGUGCUGCUGCUCCCCCUGGACCUCACCACCUUGAUUGGAGGCGGGUGGCUCCUCCCCUCCGCCAUCUGCAGCGCCCACGCCUUCCUGCUAAACGCUAUGCAGAUCCAGGGCGUGGCGGCGCUCUCCGUCAUCUGCGUGGAUCGCUACAUCAUCAUCGUCCGCCAGCAGGAGGUUCUUACCCCCUGCAUCACGUGCUGCAUCAUUGCGGUUUCCUGGGUGGUGAGUCUGGCCGUGUCCUUGCCGCCCUUCUUCGGCGUGGGCAUCUACACGUCCUUGCCCCUCCCCCCCGGGCUGACUCACUGCGAGUGGCGGCCAAGGGAUGCGCGUCCCUCCGGCGACCUGGUCUUCGCCUCCUUCACCUUCCUCGUCAUUUACCUUCUACCGGUGCUGGUCAUGAGCUUCAGCUUCGCGGGGAUCCUCCUGAAGAUCCGCCAGAACUCCGCCAAGAUUCACUCGAGCGACGGCCGUAGAGACUCUUCCUACGCUGGUGUGAUUCCUGCAGUGCAGGGGGACGCGGUCAGCCCCACCUCCGCCCGCAGGCCCCUCGUGACCGUUGACCUGCGAUACAAGACUCAGACGCUCACGACAGUCAUAGUCCUCUCCGUCGUGUUCUUUAUCUGGCGGUCGCCGCUGCACCUGUUUCAACUCGCGCAUGCCUUUUCCAGCCACCUUGACGUGAGCUACAAGGUAUACCCGUGGUUCCUGUGGUGCGCCUACGUCCCGCCAGCUGUUAACCCGGUCAUCUACACCGCCAGGAUCAAGAAGUUCCGAAACGCCGUGGUGGACAUCUUCCCCUGCCUCCUGAGCCUCCUACCCUGCACCUCCUCGGCCCUCCGACGCCUCAGCAACCCCGGCACCAUCUACAUGAUCCACCAUCCGAGGAGAGAAUCUACUUAAGGUGCUGCAUUCCGUCUCUCUGUGUCGAAGCUUCACACAGCUACACAAUUAAGGCUUAUUCAUAAGCUGCGAAGUGCAUACAUUGAAACUUCCCUUGAAAUUUGAAAGGUCUAAGUCCAUUCUCUGUUGUGUAUUUCGAAGCGAAAAGUCAACCAGAUUGAUUUUGCCAAUUAGCGUUCAAUUGCAUGUGUCUAAACCGAACAGCUGCCAUGUGCUUACACGAUGAUAUAUGUGAUCGCUCUUACUCUAUCAAGGAAGGUGAAAUCAAAAAUGCAACUGUUACACCUUUCGAGCCGUUUGAUGAUAAAUGCAUGUUUUGCUUUGUGAUUUCUUUUUGUCGGAAGAUAAAGCUGUGCAGGCACGGCUAGUGUGAUUAUUUAUUGAAUGUAAGGAAAUAUGUACGUUUUUUAAAAGGUUCAACUAAAAUAUAAUUGGGCACCAGUGUAAAGAACUAUAAGAAGUGACUGUUAUUGUCUUGAGCAAUGUUUUCGUGCCUAAGAAAGAAUAGCGGGCGGGCGAGAGAAAGAAAAUAUCUAAAACUGAUAAACAGUAUAUAGAAUAUAUACUGUAUACUGUAUAUAAGUAUUACAGGAAAGAAUAUUUCUAACAAAUAACUGAACAUCAAAAUUCUAAAAAAAAAAGAACAUUCAUAUUGAAUGAGAUAUCAAAAAAAAAAAAAAAAAAAAAAUCAAGCCAUGCAUGUAAGCAUAACAAUUACUGCUUUUCGGUGUCUAAACAAACAAAUGCUCCUCGUCCUGUCAGUGAUUAGUACUACCUAACCACAUUAAUCUUCUGAAACUAAAUAUUAUACUUUGAUUACUUCAUUCUCGCAUUUAUAUUUUUCUAUGGUGAUACUGUGUAUUCCUUCAACACAUUGCUGAGUUCUGUUACUACGUGCACGAUUUGUAUUUCAAAGAAAGCUUAGUGUUAAAUAAAUGGUGAUGGUAACGUCUAAAAUUCAUUGCUAA